GGGCUCGGCGCUGAGGAGCUUCGGAGCCUGGAGCUGGAGCAGAGCCGGCACAGAGACCUCCUCCUCCUGCCAGAGCUGCGGGAUUCCUACGAGAACCUGACCGCGAAGGUCCUGGCCAGCUACGUCUGGCUGGAUCUGCACCUGGACUUCCAGUUUGCCCUAUUCGUGCGCUUGGAUGUGCUGGUGGAAGAGCUGAGAGCCAAGGAGCCGCGGCGCCUCUAUUGGGGCUUCUUUUCUGGCCGCGGCCGGGUGAAAUCUGGCGGGAAAUGGAAAGAGAGCGCUUGGGUGCUCUGUGACUACUAUCUACCGUAUGCUCUGGGGGGGGGUUACGUGAUUUCCGCAGACCUGGUGCGCUAUUUGCGUCUUAGCAAAGACUACCUGAACAUGUGGCAGAGUGAAGAUGUCUCCCUGGGGGUCUGGCUGGCUCCCAUUGAUGUGAAGAGAGUGCAUGACCCUCGUUUUGACACCGAGUAUAAGUCACGAGGUUGCAACAAUAAGUAUAUAGUAACUCAUAAGCAAAGCAUCGAGGACAUGCUGGAAAAGCACCAGACCCUGGCUAAAGAAGGAAAGCUCUGUAAGGAGGAGGUUAAGCUCAGGCUUUCCUACAUGUAUGACUGGGGAGUUCCUCCUUCACAGUGUUGCCAAAGGAAGGAUGGCAUCCCCUGA